AAUCCAAUGAAAUGUUUGUAAACUCUUUGAAAGAGUGGAGAGUUUUGGUGUGAAUUGUGUUGACAUUCAGUACUAAUCGCUUGCAUUGGUAUUCAAUUAAUCACUUCAUCUACUCUUCGAUACAUUUGUUGUUUUGAUUGUUUUGAUUGCCAUUCAAUGCGAGACUAAUAUCUCAUUGAAUUAAACAUGAAUUUCAAAUUCUCGAUGAAAUGCAGUGCAAAACAUGUGAUAAUUGUUGCAAUUUUGUUGCAUUUGUGUCGUCAAAGUUCAGCCAAGAGUGCGCUGAUUGUGUUGACCGAAGACAACUGGUCCGACAUGUUGUCGGGUGAAUGGAUGGUAGAGUUCUUCGCCCCGUGGUGUCCGGCCUGUCGCUCACUCCAGAAGGAUUGGCAAACUUUCGCCACUUGGAGCGAAGACCUCAGCAUAAAUGUCGGAGCGGUUGACGUGACGGCCAAUCCCGGUCUCAGCGGACGCUUUCUGGUCACACAAUUGCCUACCAUUUAUCACGUUAAAGAAGGCGUUUUUCGGCAAUACAAGGGAUCCCGAGAUAGCAAUGCUUUUGUCAAUUUUGUUGAGCAGAAGACGUGGCAGUCGUUGGACCCGAUAUCCCUCUGGACGUCACCCGACUCUGUGCUAAUGUCAAUCGUUUCGUACUUUUUUAAAGUAUCGAUGGCUUUGAGGGCAGUUCACAAUCGACUCGUCGAUGAUUAUGGUAUACCCUAUUGGGGUAGUUAUGUAUUGUUUGCUUUCGUUACCAUAUUAUUUGGAGCCCUCUUAGGAUUGUUAAUUGUUUGCAUUAUUGAUCUGAUAUUUCCGGCGAAAAUGAGUGACGAAACUAAAGACCAGAAGAAUUUGAAUUCAAAAGUGAAAGACGACGACUCGAAUGAUCUGAUCGAUGAUCGGAUACAAGAGGAGGAGGAAGAAGACGAAGAGACGAGUGAUGACGUGAACGCAGGCACUGAAUUGAGGCGAAGACGCAAAACGUCUGAUUCCGACGAUAAAGUGGACGAUUGAGUGAAUCGUUUAGUUUGUAAUGAAAUUUGUACUUCAAGUGAAAUUAAGGCCCAGUUUUCCAAUUUUGACGACUUUUUUAAUUUAUGGCAAUUGAAUGUCCAUUUGUUUUAUAAUCUUCUAAUUAUAACGAAUUGUCGUUUUUUCUAUUUAUAGAUCAAAUCAAACCAUUUAUUUCAUAUUUUUUAAAAUUAAAAAUACUUUAAUUUUUAAAACA